CCAUCAGAUGAACCUCCAAGCCGAACGCUCGUGUGGCAGUGGUCGUGGACUACACAUGCUCUGGUCGGCUCUGGGUUGCCCCCUUUCCGACUACAUGUGAGGGGCGGGAACAGGAACGCAUUAUAUUCGGAAUGCCGGGAGAUCAAUCGAUCACUCAGUACUGCGUCAGCAUUUGGCUGAGUGCCAUGCUGCGCGAUGCUGACAUUGCGUUCCACACGCGGUGUGGAUUUCGGUGGCUGUUUAUGCAUAUAUUAAUGACUUCAGUCGUUUCAUCAUGUCCUGGCAACCCCUCCACCUCAUAUCGUGUCUAGUAUCCAACGACCAUCGCAAAUCCGUUUACCAUGACCAACAGCAUCAAGAAGAGAAUCGUUGUUUGCUGCGAUGGAACGUGGCAAGACGGUAUAAUAGUCAAGGAACGCUGGAAGUAUACCAACAUCCUUAAACUGUCCCGAGCACUGAACAAUGUCGAUGUGCGAGGAGAGGUCCCCGUACCCCAAAUCGUGUUCUAUCAAAAUGGGAUAGGAAGCUCGCCUAAUUUCUACUCCGAAUACGUGCAAGGAGCAACGGGUUCCUCACUUGGAGAAAAAAUCCAGGAAGCAUAUGCGUUCGUCGCACAAAAUUACUCUCCCGGGGACGAGAUUUUCCUCUUUGGCUUCUCAAGGGGAGCGUAUACGGCCAGAAUGGUCGCCAUGUUAAUUGGCGUCAUCGGCCUGUUGGACAAGACCAACAUGGACCAUUUUGGAGAGAUAUUCGUUACUUGUCAGAAAUUAGGAAGAACCACAGACGCGGCUGAGAUUGCGAGACUGAAGGCACAGCUCGAACCCUGGGACUCCCCUGCAUUUGACGGAAAAGGAAGGACGAAACUUGCGAGUAAUACCUCAAUCAAGUGUGUCGGUGUGUUUGACACCGUCGGUUCCGUUGGCUUGCCAGAAGAGAUCACACAUAAGUCCCCUUCGACUACGUCCAUUUUUGGAUUCCCAAACACAAGGCUUGGAGAUCAUAUUGAGCGAGCAUAUCAAGCACUCGCCAUCAACGAGACUAGAGUUGACUUCGACUGCACCAAGUUUGAACAGACUGAGAGUGGUCGCAGGAAGGGGCAAGUUCUAAAGCAGUGUUGGUUCGCUGGAUCACACUCUGAUAUUGGAGGUGGUUGGCAUGAGCACGAUCUUUCCGACCUAACUUUGACCUGGAUGAUAGCGAACGUCGAAGACAUGUUGUCUGUGGACUUUAAAUACGUUGCUUCCCUUCCUGACCCGGUGGCGCCUUGGGGACAACAGCGUCCCCAUGAUCCUUGCACUGGAAUCUUUGCCCUCGCGAAGGAACACACUCGCCAGCUUCCCAGCAAGACCGACGAGGUUACUCAUGAAACUGUUCAUCCUUCCGUUCUCAAGCAAGUCCAUCUUGUUCCGCAGUUAGUCAAGAGCAUACAAGAUAACCCAUCUCUGGUCUGCGGGCUCCUUCCUCUGGAAGUGAGGAUGAAAAGAGAUUGGGCUUAUGAUCCCAAGAAAGGCAAGAUCGUAGAACCUGAAUGUGAAGCCCCGACCAACUUCCAGUGGAGAAUUUCCAAGAGUGUUGUCAGCGUUCAUGCGGAAUUGGAGCAAGGGGUAAAUGAACAGAUUAAAACAACCAAGGUCACCACAGACAUGUGUAGUAAUGGAACACAGAGUCUGGCUGUGACUGACUCUGGGCUUGAUGGGUGGCUAGCGCGGCUCACUCACGAAAGUCACGUCGGGACGAUGUUGAGGGCGUGCCAGGAUUUAGUUCAUUCAUAGCAAGGCCUUUGGCAGGGGGCGAUAUGACCGUACUGCUGUAUACAUGCCAAUCUGUACUUAUUACCAUGAAUCUACUUAUUGUUUAGCGAC